GCACACACUGACUCGCCUCGGCAUAGCUGCAGUUCCCACUCUCAAGCUCGAGCCGCAUCCGCCCGGCCCACCGCGGAUCACGCAUCUCCCCCCCCAUGGCCGAUCUCCGCCCGCCGGAGCCCACCGCCAACGGCGCCGCCGCCAGCGUGGUCGCCGCGCUGCCGGCCGUCAACGCGGCCGCCGCCGCCGCCGCGGAAGUAGCUGCCGCAGCCGGAGGGGCGCAGGCGCCCGCGGCCCCCUACUCCAAGCGCCGCCGCCGCCCCAGCGUCCGCCUCGGCGACAUCGACGCCCCGCCCCCGAGGCGGAACCACAAGUCCUCCUCGUCCCACCCGCGCCCGCCGCGCCGCGCGCACCCGGACGACAGCGCCGCCGACCGCCGGGGGCCCAAGCCGCCCGCCCAGCGCCGCCCGCGCACCGCCUGGAUUCCCGCCGCGCCCUCGGGCGCCGAGGGAUACGACGACGACGAGGACCGCUACUACGACGACGAGGACCAGUCCGACUCCGCGGCCGCCGCCGCCGCCGCCAGGGCUAGGGUUUCCGGCAGCCGCGACGCCAGCGGCGACGAGUCUGAUGGCGUGGCGGACUGGGGCCUCCCGAACGGCAGGCUCCCCUCCGCCAUGGGAUACAGCGGCGUCAAGGCCUGGCUCGACGGGUUGGGGCUCUCGCGGUACGCUCCCGUGUUUGAGAUCCAUGAGGUGGACGAUGAGGUCCUCCCUAUGCUAACGCUGGAGGAUCUCAAGGAUAUGGGCAUUGGGGCUGUUGGCUCCCGGAGGAAGAUGUAUGCCGCCAUCCAGAAACUCCGGAGCGACAACGUCUCCUGAGUUGCUACUGGUUAAGGCGUUGCUGGGUUGUUUCAAGAUGGGUGCAAGGAACUGAUAUGCUGAGGCAUUGAUACAUUGUAAGUUCAAAGAGUAGCGAGUGGAUCUUUUAGUUGAAAAAAAUCAUAGUUUUUGGUCCUUUUGAAAUGUCACCACCAAAAUGUGAUCAUUGUCAAAUAUGAUAGUCUGGUACAUUUUGCCGUAAUUAAAGUAUGCUAGGAUUAUUCACUGGGGAGGAGUGGUUUUCAGUUUGUGGCUGAAAAGGGGCUCAGGGUAGAAAGGAAUAGCAAAACCCAAGGGCACCUUGUGGCUUGUACCUCAGCAGCAUUUUGACAGGCAUGAGUUGUUCUCAUAAAAGCUGAAGAAAUAGAGUAUCCCAACAAACUGUAUUUAGGUUGAGUUGGGGUCAAAUUUUCGGGGCGCGUUGGCAGAUAAUGUGCCAUGCCCUUGUUGCUGGGCUGGUGACACCGCAAUGGCAAACAUAGUGGAGAAAUUUGACCACAAGCUUUAGCUGUAUUGAAGUGAAGUAACUAGAAAUAUGUUUUGUUGAGUGGAAUACCUCA